GUUACCUAUGAAAACCCUUUAAAAAGUAGACACGAUAUUUGUUUUAACUAUAAAAAUUUUAGAGGGUGUUAUCUAUGGACUUCAAAAACUACAGGUAAACAAUACAUAGGUAGUUCUAUAAAUCUAAGUCUAAGACUUACUGAAUAUUUUAGAGAAAGUUAUCUAACUCUGCAAAGUGGGAGAGGUAGUAUAAUUUGUAGAGCUAUACUUAAAUAUGGUCAGGAUGACUUUUAUUUAUCUAUUCUUAGUUUAGGCUCUUUAGGAGAUAAAGAUAAUUAUUAUAAACCUAAGUAUAAUAUAUUGAAAAUAGCGGGAAGCUCCCAAGGUUUUACACAUAAAAUUGAAACAAUAGUAAAACUAAAAGAACUUUUCAGAAAAGAAAAUCACCCAAAAUAUGGAUAUAUAUCUUCUUCGGAUACAAAAAAAGCGAUUAGCGAAGGUAUUAAACAAUUUUAUAUCAAUAACUCUCAUACUAAAAAAGGUUUAAAAGGAAAAUUAUCAGCCCAAUAUGGUAUAGGUGGUAAAUUUGUUUAUUGUUAUGAUAAAAAAAAUAAUGAAUUAAUUUUUCCUUCUAUAAACGCGGCUAGACAACAUUUUAAAACAAGAUGA